AUGGUCCCUGUACAGUCUUUCACAGGUGGGCUGCUGGGCACAGGUGGGGCUGCUGGUCACAGGUGGGGCUGCUGGUCACAGGUGGGGCUGCUGGUCACAGGUGGGGCUGCUGGUCACAGGUGGGGCUACUGGUCACAGGUGGGGCUGCUGGUCACAGGUGGGGCUGCUGGUCAUAGGUGGGGCUGCUGGUCACAGAUGGGGCUGCUGGUCACAGGUGGGGCUGCUGGUCACUGGUGGGGUUGCUGGUGCUGGUGCUGGCGGCUGGCGCUGGUGCUGGUUCCUGGUGCUGGCAGCUGGCACUGGGGCUGGUUCCUGAUGCUGGCGGCUGGCGCUGGGGCUGGUUCCUGGUGCUGGCGGCUGGCGCUGGUGCUGGUUCCUGGUGCUGGCGGCUGGCACUGGGGCUGGUUCCUGGUGCUGGCGGCCGGCGCUGGGGCUGGUUCCUGGUGCUGGCGACUGGCGCUGGGGCUGGUUCCUGGUGCUGGCGGCUGGCGCUGGGGCUGGUUCCUGGUGCUGGCGGCUGGCGCUAGGGCUGGUUCCUGGUGCUGGCGGCUGGCACUGGGGCUGGUUCCUAGUGCUGGCGGCUGGCGCUGGGGCUGGUUCCUGGUGCUGGCGGCUGGCGCUGGUGCUGGUUCCUGGUGCUGGCGGCUGGAGCUGGGGCUGGUUCCUGGUGCUGGCGGCUAG